AUGGCGCUCACUAUUACUGAGCGAAUAAGUCUUUUAUUGAAAGUCAUCACCGUGUUGCCGCUGCGCCUUACCGUUUAUGUUUCGCGAGCUGCAAUACUGGCAAUAGUUUGGCGCAUGAAUCUUCGCAAUACUGUAACAUGCGGUUUCAUCAGAGCUGCCUUUACGACACUUUCGCCGCGACAGAUACAGCAUGUUGUCCCUUCGACCCGCGAAGCUUACCAGAAAUUUCUCCGCCAAAAGUCCAUGGAACACCCCGGCGGCACCCUGGGCGUCUCUUUCACUCCAAAUAUCGAACUGCUCGAUGAAUCUGGAGCCUCUCUGCUUUGGUUGGGCAACCGCCAAAAAGCGACCAAAAUCGUGUACUUCUUGCACGGCGGAGGCUUCUUUGUCCCGCUCGCGCCUGGCCAUCUUCGCUGGUGCUGGGAGUUGUAUGUCAAGCCAAGUGCGGCUGCGGGAAUCGACGUCGCUUGCGCAAUUCUCGAGUAUACACUUUCCCCGAAAGCCAAAUACCCCAACCACUUAAAACAGGCAUCAAUGGGCCUCCAGGCCAUCUUAGACACGGGAGUUUCUGCCCGCGACGUAAUCAUCGGCGGAGACUCGGCCGGAGGCAACCUGACGAUGCAACUACUGAUGCAUAUCCUGCAUCCCCAUCCUCAAGUCACCUCUCUCACAUUAGAUGCUCAGCUGCCCGCUGUAUUUCUUGUCUCUCCAUACCUGACAUUUCGUGCUGCGUACCAACAGUCAUUUGAGAAGUAUCUCAGCGUUGACCUAUCCCCUGGGAGACCGCGAGUGGAGUAUUUGCAAUAUCAAGUUUCCGGAACCGAUAACCCAAUUCCCGAGAUGGAGAGCAAAUACUGGUGGGGAACUCCUCUGGACGCAGAUCCGAGCAGGUACGACGGCAUCAGUGGUAUCGUUCGACACAUGUACAUCACGUAUGGUGAACACGAGGUGCUUGUCGACCACAGUACGAAGUUGAUAGAGCUGCUGAGGGAACAUGCUCCCGAACUCAAUCUUGUUGCCGAGGUAGGAUAUAAAGAGUCGCAUGACGCGGUGCUACUUGAGGAAAUGACGCACCAGUUCGAUGGUCCCGCUUCCACGCGAAUCCAGCGAUGGUUUACUAAGCUUCUUGAGGGCGACUAUGGUUUGCCAGCGAAUACAUAG